CCCAUGAGGUCACCGCUGUGAACUCCACCGGCCCCCGUUGACCUGGAAUUUUCCGGCCACGAUGUCCGGCAUCAUGACGAUGCUGCAGCAAUUUGCCAACGGCUUGAGAAGCCGAAAUGAAGACUCUCGCACCAAGGCGGCCAAAGACCUUCAGCACUACGUCACCACUGAGCUGCGAGAAGUCAGCCAGGAGGAGGCGACACAGUUCUACGAUGAGCUCAAUCAUUUCAUCUUUGAGUUUGUCUCCAGCUCGGACGUGAGCGAGAGGAAAGGAGGGAUUUUGGCUAUAGUCAGCCUGAUUGGAGUCGAGGGAGGAAAUGCCACCCGAAUCAGCAGAUUCGCCAACUACCUCCGAAACCUGCUGCCCUCCAGUGACCCCGCCGUCAUGGAGAUGGCUUCCAAAGCCAUGGGGCGCCUCGCUAUGGCAGGGGACACGUUCACUGCCGAAUACGUGGAGUUUGAAGUGAAACGUGCCUUGGAGUGGCUGGGGGCCGACCGGAAUGAAGGACGCAGACAUGCCGCGGUUCUUGUUUUGAAGGAAUUGGCCGUAAGUGCACCCACAUUUUUCUUCCAGCAAGUGCAACCUUUUUUCGACAACAUCUUCUAUGGCGUAUGGGAUCCCAAACAAGCCAUCAGGGAAGGGGCAGUGGCCGCCCUGAGAGCCUGCCUGAUUCUGACCACGCAACGUGAACCCAAGGAGCUACAGAAACCCCUGUGGUACCGGCAAACUUUUGAGGAAGCGGAGCGAGGAUUCGAUGAGACCCUGUCUAAGGAAAAGGGGAUGAACAGAGAUGAUCGAAUCCACGGAGCGCUGCUGAUCAUCAAUGAGUUAGUGCGGAUCAGCAGCAUGGAAGGCGAGCGUCUGAGAGAGGAGAUGGAAGAGAUUACUCAGCAGCAGCUGGUCCACGACAAGCAUUGUAAGGACCUCAUGACCUUUGGCCUCAAGCCCCGACACAUCACCCCAUUUGCCAGCUUUCAGUCAGUCCAGCCACAGCCUUCCAAUGCAUUGUUGAGCCUUCUGGGAUACACUGGGCAGCAGGGAAUUCUGGGAUAUGGAACCGCCCCCAUGCCUGACAAGUCUACAUUGGUGGAAAGCCGCACCUGUCGGGAGCUCGUGGAGGAAAAGUUUGACCAGAUUUGUCGUUGGGUCUUAAAGUGUCGAAGCAGCAAGAACCCUUUAUUCCAGAUGACCAUUCUCAACGUCCUUCCUCGUCUUGCAGCAUUCAAGCCUUGUGCAUUUACAGAUCAGUACCUCCAGGACACCAUGAAUCACCUUCUGAGCUCUGUACGCAAAGAGAAGGAGCGCACUGUGGCCUUCCAAGCUUUGGGACUCAUCUCUGUCGCUGUAAGGUCAGAGAUUCGCUGUUACCUGCCCAAAAUCCUGGAGCAUGUCAAGACUGCCCUACCACCUAAGGACUUUGCUCACAAGAGGCAGAAAACUAUGCAGGUGGAUGCCACAGUGUUUACCUGUAUCAGCAUGCUGGCACGAGCCAUGGGUCCCUCCAUUCAGCAGGAUAUUAAGGAACUUCUGGAGCCCAUGCUGUCUGUGGGGCUGAGCCCUGCACUGACUGCCGUGCUCUAUGACCUGAGUCGUCACAUCCCCCAACUGAAGAAGGACAUUCAGGACGGCCUGCUAAAAAUGCUGUCGCUGGUUCUUAUGCACAAGCCUCUCCGGCACCCAGGGAUGCCCAAAGGCCUGGCACAGCAGCUCUCUUCUCCCAAUCUCACCAAUAUCCCGGAAUCCAGCGACGUGGGCAGUAUUACCCUCGCUCUCCGCACCUUAGGAACAUUUGAGUUUGAAGGUCACUCACUGACGCAGUUUGUGCGGCAUUGUGCCGAUCACUUCCUGAACAGUGAGCACAAGGAGAUCCGAAUGGAAGCUGCCCGCACCUGCUCCCGCCUGCUGACCCCCUCUAUCCAGCUGCUUAGUGGACACGGACAUGUGAGUCAGACCGCCGUGCAGGUUGUGGCUGAUGUUCUGAGCAAACUGCUGGUGGUCGGAAUUACAGACCCAGACCCUGAUAUCCGCUACUGCGUCCUGGCAUCGUUAGAUGAACGCUUUGAUACGCAUCUGGCUCAGGCGGAGAACCUUCAGGCCUUGUUUGUGGCUCUGAACGACGAGGUGUUUGAGAUACGAGAAUUGGCCAUCUGUACGAUCGGUCGCCUUAGCAGCAUGAAUCCCGCCUUUGUCAUGCCUUUCCUGCGCAAGAUGCUCAUCCAGAUUCUGACAGAGCUGGAACAUAGUGGCGUUGGCAGGAACAAGGAACAAAGUGCUCGUAUGUUGGGUCACCUGGUGUCUAACGCACCACGGCUCAUCCGCCCUUACAUGGAGCCGAUACUCAAGGCUUUGAUCUUGAAACUCCGUGACCCAGAUCCUAACCCUGGAGUGGUGACCAAUGUUUUGGCAACAAUUGGAGAGCUUGCCCAGGUCAGUGGGCUGGAGAUGAGAAAGUGGAUGGAUGAAUUAUUCCCAAUUAUCAUGGAUAUGUUGCAGGAUUCGUCUCUGCUGGCGAAGAGACAGGUGGCUCUGUGGACCCUCGGGCAGCUGGUAGCUAGCACAGGGUAUGUGGUAGAGCCAUAUCGGAAGUACCCGUCUUUGCUGGAGGUGCUACUAAACUUCCUGAAGACUGAGCAGAACCAAGGCAUUCGCCGGGAAGCUAUCCGGGUGCUGGGCCUGUUGGGCGCUCUGGACCCAUAUAAGCACAAAGUGAACAUUGGAAUGAUUGACCAGUCUCGGGAUGCAUCCGCUCUCAGCCUUUCCGAGUCUAAGACCAACCAGGACUCUGCUGAGUUCAGUACCAGUGAGAUGCUGGUGAAUAUGGGCAAUCUGCCCCUAGAUGAGUUCUACCCAGCUGUUUCUGUGGUCACCCUAAUGCGGAUCCUGAGGGACCAGUCUCUGUCUAACCAUCACACCAUGGUGGUUCAAGCCAUCACCUUCAUCUUCAAGUCUUUAGGACUGAAAUGUGUCCAGUUUCUACCUCAAGUGAUGCCGACGUUCCUGAGCGUCAUUCGCCUGUGCGACAGCAACGUGCGGGAGUCUCACCAACCUUCUCCUCAAAAGAGGACAGGAUUAAUGUCGCCCCAGUUCAUGUUCCAGCAGUUGGGGAUGUUGGUCUCCUUUGUGCGGAGUCAUAUUCGCCCUUACAUGGAUGAGAUCUUCACCCUGAUAAAAGAUUACUGGACUAUGAACAAUCCCAUUCAGAGCACCAUCAUUCUACUGAUUGAGCAGAUUGUGCUGGCGCUGGGGGGGGAGUUCAAGUUGUACUUGCCUCAGCUUAUUCCACACAUCCUCCGAGUCUUCAUGCAUGACAGCAGCGCCGGGCGAUCGGUGACUAUUAAGCUUCUCAACGCUAUCCAGAUGUUUGGGGCCAAUUUAGAUGAUUACUUACAUCUCAUGUUACCGCCUAUCGUAAAGCUCUUCGAUGCAUCAGACGCACCUUUACCAGCACGGAAGGUGGCUCUGGAGACUGUGGACCGACUGACAGAAUCGCUGGAUUUCACAGAUUACGCCUCCCGAAUAAUUCACCCCAUUGUCCGCACAUUGGACGUCAGCGCUGAGCUGCGACCGACCUCCAUGGACACACUUUCCUCCCUGGUCUUCCAGCUGGGGAAGAAGUAUCAUAUAUUCAUUCCAAUGGUGAAUAAAGUGCUGGUGAAACACCGAAUUUUACACCAACGUUAUGAAGUUCUGACGUGCAGGAUAUUGAAGGGGUACACUCUGGCUGACGAGGAAGAGGAUCCUUUGAUUUACCAACAUCGGACCCUUAAGGGGAACCAGGGUGAGCCUUUUUCCAGCAACCCCUUGGACACUGGACCGAUGAAGAAGCUGCAUGUUAGCACCACCAACUUGCAGAAGGCUUGGGGGGCGGCCCGCAGGGUCUCCAAAGACGACUGGUUGGAGUGGUUGAGACGGCUGAGCGUGGAGCUGCUUAAAGAUUCCUCUUCCCCCGCCCUUCGAUCUUGCUGGUCGUUAGCCCAGGCCUACAAUCCCCUGGCCAGAGAUCUCUUUAACGCGGCCUUCCUUUCCUGCUGGUCGGAGCUGAACGAAGAUCAGCAAGACGAACUGAUCCGCAGCAUAGAGCUGGCCCUGACCUCUCAGGACAUCGCUGAGGUCACUCAGACUCUGCUCAAUCUGGCUGAGUUUAUGGAGCACAGCGACAAGGUAAAUCUGUGCUUUGCUAUAUAUCCGGGAUUGACGCUAAUAUCCAGAUAG